AUGGUAGCUUAUCAUUAUCCUUAUUACGAACCAAGGAUUUCAUCCUUCUAUACGAGAAGAUUUUAUCAACCAACACAAAAUUCAUUUCCAUGCUCUUUUUACCAUUACAACUCCAAUCCAUUAUGCAAUCAUCUCGAGACUUAUACACCACAAAAUUAUUCAGUUGACGAUGACGAAGAAAGACGAUUAUUACAGGAACGAUUAAAACAGAAAGAACAAUGGAAAAGAUUUUAUGAUCAUAACGCAAGGGAUCAACAACGGACGCAGCGACCAAACACCUCAAAUUAUGAGCCAGGAAAAUCCUUUAAAAUAAAAAUCAAUGGAGGUGAAGAACAAACAAAAUCUACGAUCGACAAGUCUCAGGCGGCACUUAAAAUAUUCAAUUUUAUCAAACGUCAAACGGAAAAGAAACGAAUUUGUCAAAUAUUAAAUAAAUUACAUGAACUACAUACGAUUGAAGACGAAUUAAAAGAAAUUCAAAAAUCGAAACAUAUAGGAACCUUAACAUUUGAUAAAGAACAUGAAAGACAAGUUCUACCGAUCUCGAUCGAAAAUAAACGAUUUUUAGAAUAUGAAGAUAAAAUUACGAAAUUACUUGAUAAGUUGGACAGAGUACAAAGCGGGGGUGCCGAUCUUAUUCGUCAAAGGAGAAAACUUGACGUUACAUUUGCUCAAACAUUGAUAGAGGAAUUGGAUAAGGAAAAAGAAAGUCAAUGGAAAUCCUUUGGUGAAAAUCAUGAAGUUUUUAUGGAUGAUGCUGAUGAAAAUUCUACAGCAAACGAAAAUUCAGAAAUUGAUACUCCAGUCAAGGAAGUAAAUGAAGAAUCGUCACUGCGUCUCCAAAUGAAGUGGUAA